UUUUUUUCAAAACUGAGCCUGCCCCACGGUUUUAGCAUUCGUGGAAAAGUGGAGCGACUGUGAGUGCUACAAUCAAUGAACGCUAGAGUGCAGGCGGCCUAUCAGCUCAGAGAGCCACAGAGAUGCCCUGUGGACCAUUUCACUAACGUGAAGCGUGCUCAGUGGAUUUGACUCACUUCAGCCCCACUGCCGUGCCUGCCUUUCCAGAAGCGUUCCCAUCCUGCUCCACAACGACAGACACGAGGCUUCGCCAGAGCUUCUCCAUCACCGACAACUCACCGCUUCGGUGCCCUUUUCCAGCUUCAUCCCUUCAAGCUUUGGCUGCUUGCGACUCAGGAGCGAGGCUUUGGUACCGGUCUGCCUCAGCAUCCCGGAUCAUCCAGCUACUUGCCAGACAAAUAAAACUCUGGUGAAAACAAUUCUUCAAGCUACAGCAGAGGCGCUUCCGGUUCCUUAACUGAGCGUGCAGUUCAAAAAUCAGCACUGCCACCUGAUUCCCACUACACAUCCCAUCAUGCCUCACUCCUUCCAGCAGAAAAAAGCUCAGCAAAUGCUCCUUCUGUGCCAAGGAGUGAACGGGAUGAGAAAAGAUGGGGAAUCCGUGGUUUGGAAUCACCACAAGCAAAGUUUCCAGGAACUUGACAAAAUGGCUUGCGCAGCAGACAGCUGCAUACAGUUCACGCGCCAUGCAAGUGAUGUUCUGCUCAACCUGAACCGGCUGCGCAGUAGAGAUAUCCUCACAGAUGUCACUAUCCUGGUCAACAGGCAGCAGUUUCGUGCACACAAGACCGUUCUCAUGGCUUGCAGUGGGCUGUUUUACACUAUCUUCACUGACUCCCACAAGUGCAACCUUAGCGCUAUCAGUCUGGACCCAAAGGUGGACCCAGAGGGCUUUGCCAUCCUGCUAGAGUUUAUGUACACCUCCCGUCUCACACUAAAGGAGAGUCUGAUCAUGGCUAUCAUGAAUACAGCUAUCUACUUGCAGAUGGACCACGUUGUAGACACCUGCCACAGAUUCAUCAAAUCUAGUGAUCCGACUGUCAAGCUGCCUAGAGACGAGUUUCUGGUCAGUCCCUUGGUUUUACCUCAGGAUGUCCAUGCUUACAGAGCCCAUGAUGUUGUUGACAGUUUGCACAGCCGUGUAGCUCCGUUCAGGGACGGGAGACACUACGGUUCAAACAUGUUCAGCGGGGUCAGCACCCCCAGCAACUACCAUCUCUACGGGCAGUUUCCCAUGCCAGGAUUCCCCUUCCCCCUCUGCAAGCUGGCCGAUACCAAAAAUGCUUUUGCUGACCUCUCAAAGAGCAGCAUCCACCACAAGCACUGUCCUCCGCAUGACAGCGGCAUCAGGGCAGACUACAGCAGAGCCAUUGGCACAAACUCCUCCGGCAUCAUUCACUCCACCACCUAUGCUUCCAGGGAGGUAGUGAGAGACGAUGAGAUGAGGAAAGAGAGCCACGAGGGGGUCAGCCAGUCUGUCGGUUUCAGCACAAGGAAGCGUGCAUUUCCCAUGUUGUCCCUUGAGCACCAGAAAGACUUGGGCAAAGAGCACGCUCCUCAGGCCGAGGAAGAUCUCAUCCAUCAGCACUAUCCCCUGGGAAUCUCCGCUGGACGCAAGAGCCUCAUGAGCAGCCCGCAGAGCCCCCUCAAAUCAGACUGCCAGCCCAACUCCCCGACAGAGUCCAGCAGCAGCAAGAACGCCAGCCUCUCCCAAGCUGCUGGAGCGCAAACGCCACAAGGCACGCAGGACCCCAAAGCUCGCAACUGGAAGAAGUACAAGUUCAUUGUGCUGAAUCAGAGCGCCAAGGAGGACAAGGUGGGGUUAAGGGAUCCUGGGCUUCACUCACCUCAACGCCUUGCCCUGCAACCCUACCUCCACCCCAACGACUCGGAGAACCUCGACCCACAAACGACGAGCAAGAGCAACAGCGAGGAUCUACCAGUACCCCAGGCUAGUCGUCUCAACAACAUCAUUAACAGUGCGCUUGAGGGGUCUCUGAGGAAUGGCGAUGGCCACCCUCCACACUACCUGAACCGCCUCACAUGCUCGUCCUGUGGCUCCCAGUCCCCGCAGCACUCGGAAGUCUGUCCCAACCACUCCAGGUCCCGUCUAUCAGAGGAAAUGUCAGAGCUUCAUUCAGAAUAUUCAGACUCCAGCUGUGAAAACGGCACGUUCUUCUGUAACGAAUGCGACUCCAAAUUUGCUGAAGACGAAGCUUUGAAACAACACAUGCUUCAAGUACACAGCGACAAGCCAUACAAGUGCGACCGCUGCCAGGCUGCUUUCCGCUACAAGGGCAACCUGGCCAGCCACAAGACUGUCCACACAGGAGAGAAGCCGUAUCGCUGUAAUAUCUGUGGUGCUCAGUUCAACAGACCAGCUAACCUCAAGACUCACACUCGCAUCCACUCAGGAGAGAAGCCAUACAAAUGUGAGACGUGUGGAGCUCGUUUUGUACAGGUUGCUCAUCUGCGCGCUCAUGUGCUGAUCCACACGGGCGAGAAGCCAUACCCAUGCGAGAUCUGUGGAACCCGCUUCCGUCACCUGCAGACGCUGAAGAGCCACCUCCGCAUACACACAGGCGAAAAGCCCUACCAUUGUGAAAAAUGCAACUUGCACUUCCGCCACAAGAGCCAGCUACGGCUGCAUCUUCGACAGAAGCACGGCGCCAUCACUAACACAAAGAUCCAGUACCGUAUGUCCACAGUAGACAUGCCCACUGACUUGACGAAAGCAUGCUGAGCCAGAUGAAGGAAGCAGCUUAAAGGAGGCAAUCUUGACCUUGGCAUUUAUGAACCCCAACUUGUACAAUCAUCCAAAAUUGUAGUGCCACACUGUGUUUAUUAGACAUGUAAAUUGGCUGCGUAUGCCAUUCUAAACGGGUUUCCACUACAUGUGAACGUAGAGCCACAUGGCGUCUUAGUCACUUUAUUGUUUCUAUAUAGAUAUAAAUAUAUAUAUAUGUAUGUGGGGAGUGUUUUUAAGCUUCGAAGGUACGUAUAUAAAAAGCUUUAUUUUGUUGAGAAGGAUGGAAUGUAAACAAUCAGUUUUUUUGAAAAAAACAGUAUUUUAUAUCAGAGAACUUACUUUUCUGAAAGUAUUGAAAAUUUUGACGGGUGGUACAUAUAUUUUAAGAUAAUGGGAUUUGCGGCUGUAUAGAGUUGUCUAUACAUGAUUUUUAUGUAGAUGUACGUACAUGUUGUCAAGUUGCCAUAUUCACGUGAGCGGGGAAUUAAAAAAUAAAUAAUUGGAUUUGGUGUAAAACAUAUCAGAUGUCUGCUGCUGUCUGAGGAUGUGCAUGAGGUACUCUCUAACCGGUGUCGGGUUCUGGCGUGCACGAAGUGGGCAACUGCAUAAAUAUUGUGACAUAUUGUGUAAUUAUAUCCGUAGGAUUGCUCUCUGCGGGCAGAGCCAAUCUAAGUGUUGAAAUGCAUUUCAAGGUACUGCUUUGUAACGACCAAGAAAAACAUUUUGCUUCAAAUGUAUUCGUAUAGGUGUGACUUCUGUUGGUUGAUUUGUUUUUCAUAAGUGAAGGUUUACAGUUUUGCUCAUUGUUCUAGAUCCUACGGUAAAAGUCGUGUAAAUGUCGAGGUUUUUUGUUUUUGUAGAUACACUGUGUAUUCAAUGUGCCUUUCUCUAUGGUGACUGAAUUCCUCUCCAUUCAGCCCAGCUCUGUUAAGGUACAACUCAAGGACGCCACUUGUCCUAGAUCCCUGUUUGUGUGUGAGCGUGUGAGUGUAUAUUUUUAAAUGCUCGUCACCAACCUUUGAACGUGCAGACUCAUCAUUGUAAAUCUUCAGGACUUGUUUUCGGAUUGGAUUUUUUUUUUUUUUUUAACUGCAUUAAAAUUAUUGUACAACGUUAUAGAUGUAUGAAUGUAAAAUAAAGGUAUUGGAUUUCUAUGUA